AUGGCACCCAAGAUCGAAACCCUAGGUGGGUUGUCUUUCCUCCCAAUCAACCGUGCUCCUUACAGAGCGAGUAGCACUCCAAUCCACACUCGCGACGACAAUAUUCUCCUCUCGGAAACGAAAGGAAAAGACUCUGACCCGGAUCCCCAGGCGUCAUCCACGUGGCGCACUCUGGGAGCGUCAGUUUUCCUCGUUCUGGAAUCCAGCUCGUUUAGAGAUGGGAUAGAUAUUACGAAAGUGGAUAGAGCGAAUUGCGGCUCUACUCUCUUCGCUACGACGACGAGGGGAUAUUUGGGCGACGUGGCAACCUGUCAGAUCCCGCAUCUCCCGUGUAACACGUGUUCUCUGGGAACCCAAUCCAGAGAACCAAAGAGUUGGCAACGCCUGUUCGGCGUGUCCUUCAGAUCUGCGUCUCUAUAA